AUAUCCACGAGCUGCGUACUGAAUCGCGCCAGCGCCAAACCGAAACUGAAAUUAAAAACACACUUUUUCACAGUGAAUUCCAGCGGCGGAGCGUCCAGCAAAAAAGCCCGCAAAAUAGGCAAAAACAAGUGAAAAAAAUAUUAUAGAAAAAAAAAUACUACAUUAACACAAAUAUCAGAAUACAAAUUACUCAAAAAAGAAGAGCGUAGAGAGCCGCAGAGAGAAUAAAAAAUACAAAAAGAACACAAAAUUGUGUUUCAAGUGCGGAGCCGAGAUAAACAGAAUAACUGAUAUAGCCACAAGCGAUCAUCGAGCGUGGGCCGUCGGGUGGAAACGAAUGCAUAAUUAAUAAACACUGCACAAAAUUCUCCUGGUUAAGUAUCUUCAAAAUUGACAAGUAUCCAAGUCACAUAAGUCGGUAAUCAAAAAGCUCACUCUAGUAGCUAAUCUAACUGAUCUUCAACUUAGCCAAGUAUCUGGAACUAACAGCUCGGCUAACGUAAAGCUUCUUGGCACUAAAUCAAGCGGCAAAAGGGGUGGGCCGCCCACCGAGUGGGUCAACAACAUUUUGAUCGCGCUGGCCAAACUAAUGUAAACAAACAAAUUGAUGCGAUCUGGAAUUGUUUACACGGUCACCAAGCUUUUGACUGGAGUGGGGCGUUGCCGCAAAGCUUUGAAUCAGCUUUAGCACAGAAAAUCUGAACAGUGGGAACAAAAGCUGCACAGCGAGACACCCUUGCCAUUGAUGGUCUAUAUCCAUGGCGGAUUGUUUAAAAGCGGAGAUUCAUCGAGACAAGCCUGGGGUCCGGACUACUUAAUGAGAGAAGAUGUCCUUCACGUAAGCAUCGGCCAUCGCUUGGGACCCUUGGGGUUCCUCAGUUUUAAAGAUCCCUCACUGGGGAUUCCUGGAAACGCAGGCCUUAAGGAUAUAAUCAUGGCUCUACGUUGGAUAAAAGCGAACGCAGCCAAUUUCAACGGGGACCCUGAUAGGAUUACCAUCUUUGGCCACAGUUCUGGUAGUAUGAUCGUUCAGAUGCUGUUGGCCAGUCCACAAGCGGAAGGACUCUUCCACAAGGCCAUCCUAAUGGCCGGCUUUUCCAUGGAGCUGAACGGCCUGCCUCAUAUGGAAUAUCGCCUGGCCAAACACUUGGGAUUCGAGGGAGAUAACGUUGAUAGUCAGGUUUUGGAGUUCCUCUUGAAGGCAGAUCCGCAUCAGCUCAUCUCAACGGACCUUUUCAGUCCGGCGGAGAAGGGUAAAGGUCUUUCUAUUGCCUUUGCACCUAGCGUAGAGUGGUAUCCCACUUCCAACGCUGUUCUUCUGGCGAAUCCCAAGGAACUGAUGCGCAACAGCUGGAGCAACCGCAUUCCUAUCAUACUUGGCGCUAAUAGUAAUGAAGGAUUACUUGACAUGAUCGGUGGGAGGACCGAUCCCAAGGUCCUUAAGUUGUUCCAGGAAUAUCCGGAACGCGUGCUUCCCUGGACCCUCAAGCGUUGGUGCGGUCCCGACCUGCAGAGUGAAUUGGGUCGGGAACUGUUGGAGUGUUUCUGCAAUGCGCAUGGCGAACAACUGAGCACUGAGCAUUUCGAUGCCUUAACAGAAAUAUUUACCCACAACGCUUUCCAUUCGCUUGAUCGAUUAGUGCGGUCCAGAACGGCUUACAGCCGGGCACCAACUUAUUUUUACAGGUUUGAUUUCGAUUCCCCAGACUUUAACUUUUACCGGAUUCGAUUCUUUGGAAAGGAGCAGCGCGGCGUUGCACAUGUGGACGAGCUAGGCUACAUCUAUGUACUUCCGGCUACUUUUAAAUUGGAUGAAUCACGCCCGGAGUUCACCGUGAUUUGUAGAAUGGUGUCAAUGCUGGUGCACUUUGCCGCCACCUCGGAUCCCAACUCUCCGCUGACUAAGCCGUUGGUAGAUUGGAAGCCUGUCAAUCGAUCUGGAACUCGUAUGGUGCUCAACAUCAGCGAGGAACUGAAGUUUAUUCCACUGCCAGAGACGCCCAAGCUUAGGUUUUACGAUCACUUGUUCGAAAGAGCUGGAGUAACCCUUUUUUAGAUUUGUUUAGCUUAAUCUAAUCAAGAAGAAGCUGCUCCGAUCAGCAGAUACACGAUGCUUUGUCUACCAGUUUUUAAAUAAAUAUGUCAUCACUUA